AUGUCUAGAGCAUUAGCUUCAACCAACGUCCUUGUGGACGACCAGGUGGCUCCUGCCACGGUGAUCUUCUCCAUAGAAACAGGCAAAAUUCUCUCUAUUGUGAACGAGGUGCUCCCCGCUUCUCACCAGACGCUCCGGAACUUCAACGUGCUUCCCGAGGACUACAGAGACGUUUCUCCCUUGGUGAUCAUGCCAGGCUUGGUGGAUGCCCAUGUUCAUUUGAACGAACCUGGAAGAACCGAGUGGGAGGGUUUCGCCACAGGCACCAGGGCCGCUGCAGCCGGAGGUGUCACUACUGUGAUUGAUAUGCCUUUGAACGCUAUUCCGCCCACCACGACCGUGGCCAAUUUUAACCUCAAAAUCAACGCCGCCAAGGGCCAGACUUGGGUGGAUGUCGGCUUUUGGGGUGGUAUGGUGCCCACAAACUUGGAGGACUUGGUGCCUUUGAUCCGCAUGGGUGUGAGAGGCUUCAAGGGCUUCUUGAUCGAGUCUGGCGUGGACGAGUUUCCCGCUAUCACACCCAACUAUAUCGUCAAGGCGAUGAAGAAUGUGAAGGGCGAGUCUACGAUGUUGAUGUUCCAUGCCGAGAUGCAGCCUCACAGUAACCCUCCAGUUUUGGCACUUGGAGAGGGCGAAAGAACCCCCAAGCUUGUGGCCAACAAGGAGCACGAUCUCUACGUUCGUGGCACGGAUUCUGUAAUGAUUGAAGAAAAUGGACCUAACGGGUAUGACGAGAAGGUCACCUUUGAUGACUGCGAGAAUGGGGAGAUCGAGGAGCUCGCAUCUGAGGAUGAUUUAGAGGCAGACCCUAAUGACGACCCUGUCGCUCUUACUGCCGUGGAGGACCUCAACCUAGGAGACUCGGCCACAUUCUUUCCCCGCAAAGUGGCAGAUCUAGUCAGUGAGCACAACCCAGACAACGAGUACAAGUUGUCUGAUAAGGAAAGACGCAAGUCUGUGGAGGCGGUUCCUCAUGAACAGAGAGCCGCUUUGGCCAAAUCGCCUUAUCUCCUGGGCUCGGAGCCUCAGUUCGGUCGCUACGCCAGAUUGGCCAACCCCAACCACCUGGAGAACGUGGACGAGAAGAGCGACACUAUUUUGGCCAAGCCCAACGAAAUCACACACAAGGUGCUCAAGGAGAACCACGAGGACCCAAUCGUGUUGGCACAGAAGGAAGACGACGCUUUGGCUGAUGUUGACGCUUCGCUUUACGCUUCUUUCCUCGCAUCCAGACCAGACAACUUCGAGACUACCGCCAUUGCCGAAAUCAUCAACUGCUCUUUGAAGCACCCCGAGGUGCCACUUCAUAUCGUUCACUUGGCCACUCACGAAGCCAUUCCUUUGAUGAGAGCAGCCAAAGCCAAAGGCUUGCCCAUCACCGCCGAAACGUGCUUCCACUAUCUUUCCCUCACUGCCGAAAAAAUCCUGGCCUGCUCCACUCAUUUCAAGUGCUGCCCACCAAUUCGCUCAGACGCCAACAGACAGCUCUUGUGGAAGGCUUUGCGUAGCGACAUCAUCACCACCGUGGUUUCUGACCACUCUCCAUGUACACCAGAGCUCAAGGGCCUCGAGAAGGGAGACUUCUUUUCCGCCUGGGGCGGAAUCUCUUCCGUUGGUUUUGGAUUACCCAUUUUGUACACUGAGGGUCAGCGCUUGAGCCCACCAGUGCUGCUUCAGGAGAUCACGAAAUGGUGCUCAUGGAACACCGCCAAACAGGUUGGCUUGUCACACACCAAAGGUAAGCUUGCAGUUGGCUAUGACGCCGACAUGAUUGUGUUUGACCCUAAUGCCAACUACAUCGUUCGUAAUGAACAGACUUUCUUCAAAAACAAGUUGACUGCCUACGACGGUAUGGAGUUCAAGGGCAGAGUCAUGGAGACCUUGGUGAGAGGUGUUCCUGUGUUCGGCUUGAACGAAGGCCACUCGGAUAUGCCCAUGGGCAAGCUUCUUCUUGAGCCACGUGUUCUUGAGACAUAA